AUGGUAAAAAUGACGACAGCAGCUGGCAUGUCCCAGGCACUCACUGUUGAUGAGCCACCCGAGGGAGACGCUAGCCCUUCAGGGACUAACCUUCUGCCCUCAGGAGCCCUGGGGAGCAGCAGUCUGAGCAAAGAGAGCCCAGAGGAGAGAAUGACAGUGGCCCCUCCGAAUCCGGCGCAGUCAGGAGAAGAGCUUCAGGAGCCGGAGCUGGAGGGGACAGCCCCCUCUGUGCAUCAAGACCCCACCGCCCUGUCCACGCUGCUCCCUGAGGAGGCCGGCCCCAAGCAGGCCUUUCCCCCCAGGAAGAAGCUGCCAUCACUCAAGCAGGUGAACUCGGCUAGGAAACAGCUGAGGCCGAAGGCCACCUCCGCAGCAGCCCUCCAGAGGGCAGGGUCCCAGCCAGCAUCCCCGGGCCUGGGUGUCCCCUCCUCCGCCACGGAGAAGCCCCGACCCCCGAGGGACCCGGACCCAGUGGCCUCGGAGGAGACCCGCCGGCUUUCGGAGGAGGAGCCCCUCUGGCUAGACAGGAGGGAAGGUGCAGCCCCCACAACGCCCGCGCCCCUGCAGAUCUCCCCGUUCACCUUGCAGCCCUUCGUGGCCCAGACGCUCCCCCAGAAGCCCAACCUUGGGGAGCCCGCCGCGCCCGAGGAGGCCCAAGAGGCUCCACCUGAGGACGCCAGUCCCAUGACCUUGAUGGACAAAGGCGAGAACGAGCUGACCGGGUCAGCCUCAGAGGAGAGCCAGGAGACCACGACGUCCACCAUUAUUACCACCACGGUCAUCACAACGGAGCAGGCCCCAGCUCUCUGCGGUGUGAGCUUCUCCGACCCUGAAGGGUACAUCGACUCUGGUGACUACCCACCGCUGCCCCUCAACAACUUCCUGGAGUGCACGUACAAUGUGACAGUCUACACUGGCUACGGGGUGGAGCUCCAGGUGAAGAGCGUGAACCUGUCCGAGGGGGAGCUGCUCUCCAUCCGUGGGGUGGAUGGCCCCACCCUGACCGUCCUGGCGAACCAGACCCUCCUGGUAGAGGGGCAGGUAAUCCGAAGCCCCACCAACACCAUCUCCGUCUACUUCCGGACCUUCCAGGACGACGGCCUGGGGACCUUCCAGCUGCACUACCAGGCCUUCAUGCUGAGCUGCAACUUUCCCCGCCGGCCCGACUAUGGGGACGUCACAGUGAAGGACCUGCACUCAGGCGGGGUGGCCCACUUCCACUGCCACCUGGGCUAUGAGCUCCAGGGUGCCAAGACACUGACAUGCAUCAACGCCUCCAAGCCCCACUGGAGCAGCCAGGAGCCCAUCUGCUCAGCCCCUUGUGGAGGAGCUGUGCACAACGCCACCAUUGGCCGUGUCCUCUCCCCAAGUUACCCUGGAAACACCAAUGGUAGCCAGUUCUGUGUGUGGACAAUUGAAGCUCCAGAGGGCCAGAAGCUGCAUCUACACUUUGAGAGGCUGUCGCUGCAUGAGAAGGACAGGAUGAUGGUCUACAGUGGGAUGACCAACAAGUCCGCCCUUCUCUAUGACUCCCUCCAAACCGAGAGCGUCCCCUUUGAGGGCCUGCUGAGCGAAGGCCACUGCAUCCGCAUCGAGUUCACGUGGGACCACCCGCAGGUGGCCUCAGCCUUCAACAUCCGGUUCGAGGCCUUUGAGAAAGGCCACUGCUAUGAGCCCUACAUUCAGAAUGGGAAUUUCACCACAUCUGACCCCACGUAUAACAUCGGGACCAUAGUGGAGUUCACCUGCGACCCCGGCCACUCUCUGGAGCAGGGCCCGGCCAUCAUCGAGUGCAUCAACGUGCGGGACCCCUACUGGAAUGACACGGAGCCAUUGUGCAGAGCCGUAUGUGGUGGGGAGCUCUCUGCCGUGGCCGGGGUGGUGCUGUCUCCCAACUGGCCAGAGCCCUAUGUGGAAGGUGAAGAUUGUGUCUGGAAGAUCCACGUAGGGGAGGAGAAACGGAUCUUCCUAGAUAUCCAGUUCCUGAACCUGAGCAACAGCGACAUCCUGACCAUCUACGACGGCGAUGAGGUCAUGCCCCAUAUCUUGGGGCAGUACCUUGGGAACAGUGGCCCCCAGAAGCUGUACUCGUCCACGCCGGACCUAACCAUCCAGUUCCACUCGGAUCCUGCUGGCCUCAUCUUUGGGAAGGGCCAGGGAUUUAUCAUGAACUACGUUGAGGUAUCAAGGAACGACUCCUGCUCAGAUUUGCCCGAGAUCCAGAACGGCUGGAAAACCACGUCCCACACGGAGCUUGUGAGGGGAGCCAGAAUCACAUACCAGUGUGACCCCGGCUACGACAUCGUGGGGAGCGACACCCUCACCUGCCAGUGGGACCUCAGCUGGAGCAGCGACCCCCCAUUUUGUGAGAAAAUUAUGUACUGCACCGACCCUGGAGAAGUGGACCACUCGACCCGCCUAAUCUCGGACCCUGUCCUGCUGGUGGGCACCACCAUCCAGUAUACCUGCAACCCCGGCUUUGUGCUUGAAGGCAGCUCUCUGCUGACCUGCUACAGCCGUGAGACUGGCACUCCCAUCUGGACCUCUCGCCUGCCCCACUGUGUCUCGGAGGAGUCCCUGGCGUGUGACAACCCAGGGUUACCUGAAAAUGGGUACCAAAUUCUGUACAAGAGACUGUACCUGCCCGGAGAGUCCCUCACCUUCAUGUGCUACGAGGGCUUCGAGCUCAUGGGCGAAGUGACCAUUCGAUGCAUCCUGGGGCAGCCAUCCCACUGGAACGGACCGCUGCCUGUUUGUAAAGUUAAUCAAGACAGCUUUGAACACGCUUUAGAAGGUGAGGCAGUAGCAGAGACGUCUCUGGAAGGGGGAAACAUGGCGCUGGCUAUCUUCAUCCCGGUCCUCAUCAUCUCCUUACUGCUGGGAGGAGCCUACAUUUACAUCACCAGAUGUCGCUAUUACUCCAACCUCCGCCUGCCCCUGAUGUACUCCCACCCCUACAGCCAGAUCACCGUGGAAACCGAGUUUGACAACCCCAUUUACGAGACAGGGGAGACCAGAGAGUAUGAAGUUUCCAUCUAAAGAGAGCUACACUUAGAAGGGAACUUACAGAUCUGAACUCAACCACAAUCUCCUCAAGAAAUUCAUCCAGAGACCAUGUGGCAUUUGAUCGAAACCCCAGAGUGUCGGCUGUCUUUUCUUUAGACUCUUUAUUGAAGAGUUACUGUUUUCUUCACUGUAUUUAUUAUAUUUAAAAUUGAAAUAGGUGAGGUUGGAUGUAUUGCAGCUGCAGCCAAAUUCACGUGACGACAUCAAUUCUGAAGGCAGGCGGAGGACCUGCACAAUGGCAGACACAGCAGCAGCGGGAA